GAUAUAUGAAGGUAACUGAUGAAUCCUGGCUGAUAAAUUUGUUGUGGUGUACUAUAAAUAUCUGAGAGCAGAGGGAGAGAGUGCAUCAAUUCACGUGUGGACCCGAGGAGGAAGUACAGGGAGCCAAAAGGCAAAAAGGGGAAUAUAAAAACAACAAGAGGGUGAAUGAAAGGAAGAGGAGCAGACAGAGGAGAACUGAUACAGCACCAAAGGAACAUUUUCAUAAGUAGUGCUGGAAAACUCUGAAAUAGAAAUGGCAAAGACAGCUGGAGUACUCUUGGCUUCUCUUUUGUUUCUGAGAGCCAGUGUGCCAUGUUUUUCCUUGUAUAACAGUGGUGAAUGCUUCUUCAAUACGAAAGGCACCUGUGAAUACAUGGGGCAGUUUUAUGGUAUUGGAGAGAGCUGGAUGACCAGUGACUGCUACCAGUGUGUCUGCAUGGAGCCUUUUGGAGUGGGAUGCUGUGACCAUGGAUCCAAGCCAGUGGACUAUCCAGAGUGGUGCGAAGUCAUUCGCAAACCCGACUCUUGCACGAGUGUUGCAGUGAUGAGAGUCAAUCAUAAACUACCCUGCCUGUGGGGACAAGGCCGCCUCAGAACUGCAGGAAAACCGUGGAAAUCUGACAACGAUCCUUUAUUUUGAGUUUAGUUCUAUAGUUAAUGUUACAUUUUUAGGGAUUUUUUUUUUUUAAUUUUGUGAAAGGAGUACAUUUUACAAAAAAAAUAAUGCAAAUACAUACAUAUCAGUCUGUUAAUCCUAUAUUUAUAGUGGGUAUUUCUGGAAAAUUGUGGUGUUUGUGUUGGUCAUCUAAAUGUCUGAUAAAAUGCACCUUUGUUAAAUGUAUAACUUUAAUCAGUGUUUCAAUGUAUCAAAUGUGUAACUUCAUUUUAGGCUAAAUCUGAAUAUUUAAUACUUAUAGUGUAAAUACUUGUUACUGUUCUAAUUCUAUUGAUAUUGUUGUGAAAUUUAAAAACAAAAAACUAAACAAGAGUAGCUUAUGGGUCUCUUAACUUCAGGAAUAGGAAACCUAAGAAAAUGUGUCAUUUGAUGGCAAAUAGUAACCUACAACUGUUUGAGCAUACACAUCAAAACUAUUAUUUCAUUUUUUUAAAUUUUUUGGUGGACGUCAUUCCAGUACUGUCAGUCUUCUCCACAGACUGUCCAUACUAGGAUACUAGACACUAGUACAUACUGUUAGAGAUGAGAGAUGAAACAAUUUAUUUUGUGAGGUCUGCCAUUUAGGUAGCGUUUUUCUGAUUUUAAUUUAUUAAUUAGAUAUGGGUUGUUGUGUUUGUUUGUUUUUUUUAUAUUUUGUUCUCCGUAUUUGCUGUACUUGAUUUUAGGG